AUAAAUGAGCCUUGAAAGGAACUGGGAAAUUUAUGAUAAAAAAAAAAGGAACUGGGAAAUUCUAAAUUUUCACCACUCUCCCCCUACAUCAUUUUCAUGUAACGCGAAAUUUGUCUGGACUUUUUCGGUUAAGUACCUGAUUUCGCCAGCGUGAAAAUUCAAAGCGAGAUCUGAAAAAAGGAAGCCAAAAGAGUCGAAAGGAAUCGGCCAAAAAGGGUUACUUCUUCUCUGUUAAGCUCCUGAAUUCUCCAGAGAAAAUGAUCCGAUUCAUAUUAUUGCAGAACAGACAAGGGAAGACUCGUCUCGCCAAAUACUAUGUUCCUCUCGAAGAAUCCGAGAAACACAAGGUUGAAUACGAGGUUCAUAGGUUAGUGGUGAAUCGCGACUCAAAGUUCACCAACUUCGUCGAGUUUAGAACACACAAGGUGAUAUACAGGCGUUACGCUGGAUUGUUCUUCUCCGUUUGCGUGGACAUAACGGACAACGAGCUGGCUUACUUGGAGUCCAUCCAUCUGUUUGUGGAGAUAUUGGACCAUUUCUUCAGCAAUGUUUGUGAGCUUGAUUUAGUGUUUAAUUUCCACAAGGUGUACCUGAUACUCGAUGAAUUCAUUCUUGCUGGGGAGCUCCAAGAAACAAGCAAAAGGGCGAUCAUCGAAAGGAUGUCAGAACUCGAGAAGCUAGAUUGAUGAGCAUUUCUCAAGAAGCUAGAGUGCUUGUCGAGAUGUUUAUGUCAUUCUUGCGUGGCCGGAGAUUUACAUUUUUUUUUUCUCGAGUUGAAGACAGUUGUGGUAUUAAGAUUGCAAAGGAUAUAAAUUUAAUCUGCUGAGAUUUACAUUCCAUGUUUAUCUCUGUGAGAUCUUCAUUUCAAGGUUACUAUUUAUCAGACAUGAAAUUUUGUAUAAAUCUAUUUUGGUUUCGCA